UGACAGUGAUCGCGGCUCCCGCCGAGAGAGUCAUCUUCAUCGCAGCCCGCUCCGUCACGAUGUUCACCGCCGCUCCACAAAACCUCUUCCUGCUCCUCCUUCUGCUGUCCCAGCUGGUGACGCCAGUCGUGUCGGCACCUAUCAAGGGCUACUCCCACACGGUGGGUCUCUACCUCUACUCGGCCGCCAAGGAACGCCACACGGUGACCUCCGUCCAGGAGUGCGCUCGUCAGUGCGAGGACGAGGCCAACUUCGUCUGCAGGUCCUUCGCCUACAUCCGAGACUGGAAGGUGUGGAACUGCGUGACCACUCCGCUCAACAGUCUACUCAAGAAGCCCUCCAACCGCCGUGGCUACGACCUCUACGAGAGAAACGACUAUCUCGAGGACUGUGCCCGAGGGCACGGAUCGGACUACCGGGGCACGAAGUCCGUGACCCAGCAGGGCACGGAGUGUCAGAGGUGGAGCAGCGAGACUCCACACAAACCCCGCUACUCUCCUACCACGCAUCCGUUGGCGGCGCUGGAGGAGAACUUCUGCCGGAACCCCGACAACGACACGAAGGGGCCGUGGUGCUACACGGCAGACCCACAGCUCCGCUUCGACUACUGCAACGUGGAUUCCUGCGUGCGGCUGCCCAGCGACCAGCACACAGGUGUGGCGGGUGAGAUGGUGGGUGGGUGA